AUGCCUCAAGAAUCAACAGAAUCGCAGCCACAACCGCAACCGCAAACAAUGGCCACGCCCAUUUCCCCCCAGGAUGACACCGUGAGCCCAUCUACUAUUGUGGAACAGCCGCCAUUCGGCUUCAAUAGCCAACGCUCGGAACUGCAAGCAGACACUUCGUUCGAUAGCCGUGAAAACAGGCCUACUAGCCCUCACAAUGUUUCGAGUCCUGUACUAUCGCGAACGCACGAUGGGGGAGCGGGCUUCUUGUCUGUACCCAACCAGCUACGGUCAAGACAGAACUCGGUGGAUUCGGAUGAUGUGGCCCGUUCAGUGACUUCACACGGUGACACGACGGUAGUUGCCUCUAGUUAUACCCAAACCGACAAAUUAAAGGCCUCUGGUAACGAAAAGAUUAUGAAGGACACUAGAGCCUUGAACCCGGACACCGGAACCGAUGACGAUUUCAACGUCGACAACAAUCCGUUUGCUUUUUCCCCGGGCCAAUUGAACAAAAUGUUCAAUCCCAAGAGCCUAUCCGCCUUUUUUGCCCUCGGUGGCAUGCGAGGCCUCGAGAAAGGUCUCCGAUCAGAUCGCAAAUCUGGUUUGAGCUCGGAUGAGACUUUUUUGGACGGCGAAGUUACCUUUGACCAGGCCACGGCCGAGAACGAUAAGAAGGCCACCGAAGGCGCCAUCACAACCACUGCUGCAGUCGCGAGGAUGCAGACUAACAAGUCCCGAGGAAACGACUCCUUUGCCGACCGAUAUCGUGUUUUUCGAGAUAACCGUCUGCCCGUGAAGAAGGGAAAGAGUCUGCUAGAGUUAAUGUGGAUCACCUAUAACGACAAGGUCCUGAUUCUACUAUCGAUUGCCGCCGUCAUCAGUCUCGGCGUUGGUCUCUAUCAGACAUUCGGACAGAGCCAUGACGAUGAGCCCGCUGUUGAAUGGGUCGAAGGUGUGGCGAUUAUUGUUGCCAUUGCCAUUGUCGUCAUUGUCGGGUCUCUCAACGACUAUUCCAAAGAACGCCAGUUUGCCAAGCUGAACAAGAAGAAGCAAGAUCGCAACAUUAAAGUGGUACGCUCUGGUCAGAUCUCAGAAAUCUCGGUUUUCGAUAUUAUGGUUGGUGACGUGGUUCAUCUUGAGCCUGGUGACUUGGUCCCCGUUGAUGGUGUUCUCAUUGACGGCUUCAACGUGAAGUGUGAUGAGUCUCAGACAACGGGCGAGUCUGACAUUAUCAGAAAGCGACCCGCCGACGAAGUCUAUCAGGCCAUUCAAAAUAACGAAAGCUUGAAAAAGAUGGAUCCCUUUAUACAAUCUGGUGCCCGCAUUAUGGAAGGUGUCGGCACAUACAUGGCUACAUCAACCGGUAUCUACUCCUCGUACGGGCGAACGCUCAUGGCCCUGAAUGAGGACCCUGAGAUGACCCCUCUCCAGGCCAAGCUCAAUGUCAUCGCUACGUACAUUGCGAAACUUGGUGGCGCCGCUGGACUCUUGUUGUUCCUCGUCCUCUUUAUCGAGUUCCUCGUUCGUUUACCGAAGCUUCCCGACUCAGUUACUCCUGCCCAGAAGGGCCAAAACUUUCUAGAAAUUUUCAUUGUGGUUGUGACCAUUAUUGUCGUUGCUGUGCCUGAGGGAUUACCUCUUGCCGUCACUUUGGCGCUAGCCUUCGCGACAACUCGCAUGUUGAAAGAUGCCAAUUUGGUUCGACAUCUCAAGGCUUGCGAAGUCAUGGGCAACGCAACAACCAUCUGCUCUGACAAAACUGGUACCUUGACACAGAACAAGAUGCAGGUCGUGGCCGGCACUAUUGGCACAGCACAACGAUUUGGCGCUGCGCGUCCCGACUCUCAAGAUAGCUCUGAUGAGAGCGUCGAGAUGGACACUGCAACCGAGGUUUCUGCUGCCGAACUCACCUCCAUGCUUAGUGCUCCGGUAAAGGAUCUUCUUCUGAAGUCUAUUGCCUUGAAUUCUACCGCAUUUGAAGGUGAAGUAGAUGGUGAGCAGACUUUUAUUGGCUCCAAAACUGAAACGGCUCUCCUCCUCCUAGCAAGAGCCCAUCUUGGCAUGGGCCCAGUAAGCCGAGAGCGUGAUAAUGCUACGACUUUGCAAAUCAUCCCCUUUGACUCCGGACGCAAAUGCAUGGGCAUUGUCGUUCAGCUGCCUACAGGUGGUGCCAGGCUCUAUGUGAAGGGUGCUUCCGAGAUUUUACUCGCAAAAUGCACCCGCACGCUGAGCGACCCCUCUACUGACGAUUCUGUCACAACCCUUUCAGCACAGGAUGGGAAAAUCAUCACUGGGCUCAUUGAGACAUAUGCGUCCCGGUCCUUAAGAACCAUUGGCAUUUGCUACAGGGACUUUGAAGUCUGGCCACCCAAGUCUGCUCGUCGCGGCGAAGGUGGCGGGAGCGAUAUCGAGUUCAACGACCUCUUUCAAGAAAUGUCCUUCAUCGCCAUGGUUGGUAUCCAAGACCCCCUUCGUGAGGGUGUCUAUGAGUCUGUCAAGCUUUGCCAGAAGGCUGGUGUCGUCGUCCGCAUGGUCACUGGAGAUAACAAACUUACUGCCCAAGCCAUCGCCAAGGAGUGUGGCAUUCUCCAGCCCAACAGCAUCGUCAUGGAAGGUCCCGACUUCCGCAAUCUCAGCAAGCGAGAACAGGAAAAGAUUAUUCCGCAGCUCCACGUCUUGGCUCGUUCUAGCCCCGAAGAUAAGCGGAUUCUUGUGAAGCGGCUCAAGGACAAGGGUGAAACGGUUGCUGUGACGGGUGACGGCACAAACGAUGCCCCUGCACUCAAGAUGGCCGAUGUAGGUUUCUCCAUGGGCAUCGCCGGCACCGAAGUGGCCAAAGAAGCUUCAGCUAUUAUUCUUAUGGACGACAAUUUCGCUAGUAUCGUCAAAGCCCUGAAGUGGGGCCGUGCUGUCAACGAUGCCGUCAAGCGAUUCCUCCAGUUUCAACUCACCGUGAACAUCACCGCCGUUGUCUUGACAUUCGUUACUGCCGUUUCCAGCGAGACGGAGAAGUCUGUCUUGACCGCCGUCCAGCUGCUGUGGGUGAACUUGAUCAUGGAUACCCUUGCGGCGCUAGCUCUUGCUACAGAUCCCCCACAAGACAGCGUUCUUGACAGGAAACCUGAGCCCAAGGGUGCGUCGAUAAUCUCUAUCACUAUGUGGAAGAUGAUUAUUGGCCAGGCGCUGUACCAACUCGCCAUCACAUUCCUCCUGUACUAUGGAAGUCCCAAGGGCAUCCUGCCUCUCCCAGGCCCAGAUGACAUCCCUGAGCCUGCCCAAAUCAAUACGCUGGUGUUUAACACAUUUGUGUGGAUGCAAAUUUUCAACCAGUGGAACAACCGACGAUUGGACAACAAGUUCAACAUCUUUGAGGGUCUCAGCAAGAACUGGUUCUUCAUAGGCAUCAGCAUCAUCAUGUGCGCUGGACAAGUGAUUAUCAUCUUCUUUGGUGGUGCCGCUUUCCACAUUGCCGAUCAACCAGAGGACAAGGCCAUAUGGGGCACACUCUGGGCCAUCGCAAUUGUUCUUGGAUUCAUCUCGAUACCCGUGGGCGUCAUCAUUCGACUGGUUCCCGAUUGGAUCAUUCUGGCCUUGGUGCCAGAAUUUUUGAAAAAGAGGUCGCACUCUGUACCCGGACUGACCAUCUCAGAUGAAGAAAUGGAGAUGUACCCAGAGCCACUGGCGGAGUUGCGAGACGAACUAAACUUUCUCAGGCGGGUGAAGGGUGGUCGCCUCAACAAUUUGAAGUUUGCUAUUCAACACCCCAGGGAAACCAUUUUGCAGCGAUCGCGCAGCCCAUCGCACUCGAGAUCGAACUCCCUGCAUGCACCGCAAACGCCUACAGGAGAGGAGAACUUUGGAUCGCCUUUUGCGACACCCAACUCUGGGGCAAAAUCAGGAUCAAACCGAUCCCGUUCGAACUCGGCGGUGCGCGCUACCGCUCUCAUGGCAGGCGUUGUCGCUGCGGGUGUUGGAGCCGGAUGGUCGCCGGCGGGCCGAGUGUCUGCAGAGGAAAUGCAAGAAGGCUCGAACAACAGUAACAACAAGACGGUAGAAAAGCGAAAUGAAGGAGGAGAUACCAGCGAAUCGCGCAAACGAGAGUAA